AUGUCGAAAGUAACUAGUAAUUCAUUGGAACAAAUUCUACUCGAAAAACUUUCAGCGGAACAUGUUCAAGCUACUGACACCUCAGAUGGGUGUGGUCAAAGUUUUGAAGUGAUUGUAGUUUCCCCAAUAUUCGAGGGUAAGACUCUUUUACAGAGGCAUCAACUGGUGAAUGAAGCAGCUAAAUCAGAAAUUGCACAUCUUCAUGCAUUUUCUCAGAAAACUUAUACUCCGGCUCAAUGGAAAGGAUUACAGAAAUGA